AUGACGCCUCGGAAGGAGGCUGAGCAGUUUUUGCUGGUGGUAACGAUGAUGGAUGCGAUCAAAAAGAGGAUGGCGAUGAUAGUGCCGAAAUUGCUGUCGACGGUGAAGACGGAGGGUCAGUGGAUCUCCGAGAUGUGCCUAUGGUGUCAGUGGGCUCAUGUCGGCGAUUUCAUCUCCGACGGCUUCACGAAGCUGGUGACUAUCCAUGCCGAUGAGUUCUGCAAGUGUGUCGCCAAGGUCGUGGAGCUGCAGAUGCAAGCGCACCGUCAUGCAACAACCUACGUGGAUGCGUUGAAUUGCGAGGACGUGUUGUCGGAUCUGUGGCAGUUCCGGAACGUGCUGAGCGUGCGAUCUGACGCAGAUGCGCUGCAGGAUGAAGAGAGCCGGAAGAAGUGUUGCGGAUGGUUUCCCUGGAGGGAAGCCGACAACGUUCUCCGCGAGCCUUCGAUCGUGACUCGCUCCGUCCGCACGAUGAAGAUCUCGCCGGGCUGA